ACAGACAUGCUGCGCUCGUGCCUACUGCUUGCUGCUGCGGCGGCUGCCAGUGCGUUCACAGUUCCUGUCUCUGUCACAACUUCUGUGCGUCCUGCUACUCUUGCCAAGGCUGAUUCCAGCUUCGUUGCUACCAAGCGAUCCCUCCCUGUGUUUGCUGAGAGCAAGAGGCACAAUGCCUUGGAGGCCCUCCAGAUGUCCUGCACUACCGAGCGCUCGAAGCAGAUGCCUUGCCGCAAGGAGUGCAUGCUCCUGGGCAAGCGUGCUAACAACAAGAUGACCGUCUCCUUCUCGCACAGACGCCACCACAAGUUGCAGAACGUUAACUUGCAGUGGAAGCGCAUCUGGUGGGAGGAAGGCAACUCCUUUGUUCGCCUUCGCGUUUCCACCAAGGCGAUCAAGACCUUGAAGACCAAGCCUAUCCAGGAGCUCGCGGCAAGAGUUGGCUUGAACCUCAACGACUACCGUUCCGGAUAAUUUAUCACUCUAUAAAGUCUGUACGUUAUCGGAG